AUGAAUGGGAAUGACCAGCUGAUGCAACUGCUGGGCCAGCUUGCGUCAAUUGGAAAUACUGCAGUAAAGGAACCUAAAGCUCUUGUUUCAGCCGCCCCUGAUACCCGAGAGAUUUCUGAUAAUGAUUCAGAUUACGAGCCUGAAGCUAGGUUUAGUCCUCCUCAGGAAGAAAAGACUCAUUUAGUGGAUUAUGGACUCCCUAGUGAUCCGUCGCAAAUCAAAACAUACUCUGAUGCGCUCAAAUAUGUUGUACAUGUAUUGACUCGCAAAGACCCCCAGUUUGUAGACUGGGUGCGAACUCUAAUGGAAGAGCAAAAAAGCCGCGAGCAGCAAUGGGCAGAAGGAGCAGAAGCCUUGCGGCGCAAACAGGAGUUGCGCAAGAGUGGCCGGGCGGAGCUUGCAAAUGUCCUCAAGAUUCUCGGAGCGGAUAAAAAGAAUAAUCAGAAUGGCGACAAGGAUAUUGCUAGAGAUAAUAUGAGAGAAAUGGAUCAGUAUUACCGCAAUGUGUAUCGACAACAAGAAGAGUUUGUUAAAUAUGCAUGCUCGCGGUUGGCUGAGCUUAAGGUACCAUUAUUUUGCAUUGAUCCCGGGAUGCGGACGCCUCAUACACAACGGGACCAGCAACGACUACUGGAGUUUCUUCAGGAUUUGUGUGGUGACGAUGACGAGAACGACAACAACGACACAUAG